GACUGGAGUUGCUACUUUAAUUGAAUCGAACGAACAUUCAUUUGACCAAUAUAUUAUCGAUGAUUCGUUAAGAGUUAGAUGUGCUAUUAAGCAAACUAAUGAUGGUGGGAAAGUGAUUUACUUAAAAGUUCAAAAUUCUGGUAAAUGGGAGCCGUUAAUAACUUACGAGAUGAUUGAUUCCAGAUCUUCUAAUGUUAUUUCCUUUGAUAGCGGAGACAAUAUUUACUUGGUUGAUUCACGUGGUAAUGAAUUUAAUGCUAUUUAUAAAUUAGAUACAAAUAAUAAAGAACAAGGUCUUCAAUUAAUUGCAAGACCACCAAAUCAAAAAGCGGAUAUCAAUAAAAUUCUCCUUCAUCCAACAAAUAAAAACCCUAUCGCAUAUUCAGUCGCUUAUCUUAAGGAUGUUUGGUAUUAUAUUGAUGAAAAACUUUC